ACAGUACAUUUCCAACAAAGGCAGUUGCGCUGCUCAGUUGUUGUUCUUACUUUUCUGUGCUUUGGGGACACACACACAUACAGACCAGUAUGACGCUACUGUGGAAGAUCUUAUUGGGAAUCAUUCUCAUUGGGCGACUUGGUCAAGGUCAAGACCUAUUAGAGGAAUCUUUAGAGCGAAUAGCAGUGGAUGAAGGGGCUGAGGAGGGAGGAGAAGAGGUUGAAGAGCCUGAGGGUCCAGGGGCAGAUGCCACUCAACCUGAUGAUAGACAGCCAUGUGCCAUGUGGAUGGGAGGCGUUCCUGGUACACCUGGGCACAGUGGAAAACCUGGGAGAGAUGGCAGAGAUGGGCGUGAUGGACCGAGGGGCGAGAAAGGAGAUAAAGGUGAAGCAGGUGAGAAAGGAGAUACUGGACAGAAGGGGGAUGUCGGUCCUGCUGGGCCGAGAGGCUUUCCUGGAAACCCAGGUCUGAAAGGUGCCCGUGGGGACAGUGCCUUGUCUUACCAUUCAGCCUUUAGCGUAGGUCUCAGUGAACUUGUUCCCGCCACUAACUUUCCAAUCCGCUUCAACAAGUUCUUCUACAACGACCAGCACCACUAUGAUGAUGUUUCUGGAAAGUUCCGCUGCGUUCUACCAGGGGUGUACUUCUUCACGUAUCAUCUAACCGUCUACACUAAAGAUGCUAAAGUCAGUCUCUACAUGAAUGACAAGGCUAUCAUGUUCACCUAUGACCAGUACCAGGAAACCAAUGUGGAUCAGGCAUCAGGUUCUGUUAUCUUGCGUUUGGAGGCAGGAGAUGAGAUAUGGCUGCAGGUCUAUGGAGAUGAGGGGUUUGGGGGAGUGUAUGCAGAUAACACCAACGACUCCACCUUUUCCGGUUUCCUCCUGUAUCCUGCAAUUCCUGCUCCUGCACAGAGACAUUGACAAUAUCUUAAAUCAGGGCUAUCAAGCUUAGUUCAUGGAGGCCCACAGCCCUGGAGAGUUUAGUUCAACCCUAAUUAAA